CUGUUUUGAGUGACAAUAACAAAAUAUAUGUAUUUAAGCAGGUGCAUAAAAUAUAUGUGUUAGUCUUAGUACUAAUUUCUUAGAAGUUCUUCAAAAUGUUGGGUUUUUUAUUGAGUUUAGCUGUCUUGCACCAAGUACAAUGCAGACCGGCUGACCAGGCGGUAAGCGCUGGAUCAGAUAAGUUACAUUUGUUUGUUGCAAAUACCACAUCAUCGAGUGAUUAUCACUUGGGACCGAUUAUAUCGGAAAUUGAAAACAUUGAAGACGAAAUCAAUGCAGACAUGCAGUCAUUGAUGCCCUUCUUAAAUUUUAUGUUCGACACGGACGGCGUCAGUGAUGACAAAGAUAGUAGUUGUGAUGAUCAAAUGAUUCUACAACUAGUGCCAGACCACAGUCCAACGAUUUUGAACCCGGAAUUAUCACAAGAUAAUCCUCUAGAUGUUCCAGAAGAAAGUUUACUUGAAAACAAUCCUGAAGCUGCCGAAAACCAUGAUGCGGAAGAAUCCGAAAACCCUUCGGCUAAAGUGACACCAGAGAUAGUCAGUUCAAAUGAUGAAGAACCAGAAUCGGCAGUUGAAAAAUUAAAUCCAGCAGAAAGUGGUGCAGUCGCACCAGUUGUAGAACAACUGUAAUGAAUUAUAAUAAAUAAUAAUAUUAUCUAUUUAAAUUGUAAUAAACAUAAUUUUUCACAAUUUCACAAUGAUUCACUUUGAUAUU